UGACAAUCUCUUCAUCUCUGCAUUGUCUUCAGUCUGCAACUCCUCUCCGCUCGUACAACAACACCUUCGUAACAAUUUUCAUAUACUCUCGUUUCUAAGGCAACGCUUUGAGAUUAUUUUUUAAAAAUGUGGAAUUUACUCGGGAUUUUGUUGUCACUGGUCGCCCUGGCAACGAGUCAAAAAAAAUCCACGGAGCAGAUAAAUCCAUGCGAUUUGAAGGGUAAGAUAACCUCGGAUGCGACCUAUUGCGACCGUUACUGGGAGUGCGUCAAUGGGUCUCCGGAAUUGUACGAUUGUCCGAAUGGGUUGGCCUUUGCGGGGAGGAACAGGGGUGUGGCGGAUGGGUGUGACUAUCCCUGGAGGGGGAAUUACUGCGAGGGGAGGCAGUUGGCCAACCCCCCUAUUUCCACGGACCACUGCGACUGGUUGUAUGGGAUUUUUGGGCAUGAGACGUCGUGUACGCGGUAUUGGACGUGCUGGAACGGGACGGCGACGGAGCAGUUGUGCAUCGGGGGGUUGCUCUAUAAUGAGGACACGCAUGCGUGCGAUUGGCCUGAGAAUGUUCCGGGGUGUCAGAAGCAUCCCCUCUGCAAGGACGACGCGAAUGGGAACGUUGCCCUGGGAAAAUCCUGCAACCGUUAUUGGCAGUGCCAGGGGGGCUACCCACGCCUCCAGCGCUGCCCUGCCAUGCUCGUCUUUGACAAGAAAAGUUUGAGAUGUGUGGUCCCCCCCACGGAGGACUGCGACGUCCCCUCAACCACACCCCCACCCCCAGAAGCGGAAGAAUCGGAUGCCCCUGGGAGGAUCAGGGAAAAGAAGCCUCAGCAACAGGAGCAGCAGCAGAGGCAACAGCAACAGCAACCACAGCGACAAACCAUCCCCGCGAGUCAGAUAAGAAACCAGCAACCCUCUCGCGACCAAACCCGUGAACAAACGCAGGAAACCCCAGUUUUCGUCGUCAGACAGGCCAAUUAAUUUCUUUUACGCGAAAAAAAUUACAAAAUUACAAAUAAAUCUUUUUUUACACUUUUUUAUAUAAAA